AUGGUCGGCAUUGGUCUUGCUUUUUCGGCGAUUCUCGCUGCCCAGGUCUCCCUUGCGAGCCCCGUGGGAUCACGAACGCCGUAUCGUGUCAAGGAUACGCACCAUGUUCCAAGGGAUUGGAAGCGAGUUCGUCGCGCGCCUGCUGAUCAUGUAAUUGACCUUCAAAUUGGCGUAAAGCAGAGCAAUUUCCCGGAGCUCGAGAGGCAUCUUUACGAAGUUUCUGACCCGGACCACCCCCGCUAUGGUCAGCAUCUUUCUGCCGAUGAAGUGAAGGAGCUGGUCAAGCCUACUGAUGAGACGCUUAACCUCAUCCACGAGUGGCUAGCGGAUAACGAUGUCACCCCGUCAGGAUAUAGCUCAGCUAAGGAUUGGAUCACGGUGUCUUUGCCAGUCAAGGCUAUCGAGCGUCUCCUUGACACAGAGUACCAUGUUUAUGAGCAUAAGGAUGGGGGUGUGGUCGCUCGGGCUCCUAAAUGGUCUCUUCCGCUUCAUCUGCAUGAUAAGAUCGAUACGAUUCAGCCUACUAAUUCGUUCUUCCGUGCUCACGCCGAGAAAUUUGACCAUAUCGAAGCGCCGGUGUACCUUGACCCCCAAUAUACACCACCUACCAACGAGAACAUAAGCGCAGUUUGCAAUGUUAGCUCCGUCACACCUGAGUGCUUCCAGACUCUCUACUCGACCAAGGGCUACAAAACUCGCGCUUGCGGUAAGAACAAGAUCGGGUUCAACAACUUCCUUGGCGAGCAUCCUAUCCGGUCGGAUGGGGAACUCUUCCUCGCCAAGUACCGGCCGGAGGCGGUCUCAAGCGCAAAAGAUUUCCCACAAAUCACGAUUGCAAACGGGCCUGGUGACUAUGCUUUGACACCAGAGGAAAUAGAUUCGGGCACUUCUAAGGAGGCUAACCUAGACCUCCAGGCCAUUGCCGGCAUAAACUGGAAGACGACCUCGUAUGCCGAUGAUGAGCAGACUGUUCCAGAGUCGUACGCCCGACGUGUCUGCCAGCAGUUCGCUCAAGUGGGUGCUCGUGGCACUUCACUAUUGUUUUCUAGCGGCGACAGUGGUGUCGGAUCGUAUGGAAAAUGUGUGAGCAACGACGGCAAGAACACCACCAAGUUUCUUCCUGAGUUCCCACCUAGCUGUCCCUAUGUAACGGCGGUUGGUGCUACGAAGAACUUUGAACCCGAAGUCGUAGCGUAUCGCCCUGCGUUUGUUGGUCCCGAUGGCGUUGCGCAUGGUAACUACACCAGCGGCGGUGGAUUUAGCAACUACUUCGACGUACCUGCAUACCAGGCGAAGCAGGCUACCAACUACGUUAAGAACCUGAAAGGCCUGUACGAUGGUCUAUAUAACAAGAAAGGCCGUGGUUACCCGGAUAUCUCUGCACAGGGACUUUACUUUGCAUAUUUCUGGAACGGCACCGAAGGAACCAUUAGCGGUACUAGCGCUAGCUGCCCUCUGACGGGUGGAAUUAUCUCGUUGGUAAAUGACGCGCUCAUUUCGUCGGGCAAACGGCCACUGGGCUUCUUGAACCCGUGGCUGUACUCGAAGGGAUACAAAGGGUUGACUGAUAUCGUAAGUGGUAGUGCUGUCGGAUGCGGUGUUGACGGCUUCCCAGCAGUUGAAGGAUGGGAUCCUGUUACUGGCCUCGGGACACCCAUCUUCCCCGAGCUUGUCGCAUUAGCUGGUGGGAAACUGACUCGUUAA